AACCUCUUUGAAAACCGCAAAUGUGAGGUUAAGUGUUAAGUUGGUAAUUCUCAAACAGCAUCUUCAAACGAAAAAAACUCUUCAAGAGUAUUACAAAAGUUACAUUAAAUUUUUGAAAUCAAAUAUCAAGGAAUGUUUCAUUAUUAGACAGAAUAGACAAAAUAAAUUAUGGACGACAGACGAGCUGGACCUUCUGAUAUGAAAGAGUAUGAUGAAUUACUAACUAUUGGAAGAGGUGCAUAUGGAACGGUUUACAAAGCCCGGGACAAAAAUACUGGAAAGAUUGUAGCCCUCAAAAAAGUUGUAGUACCUCUCACAGAAGAUGGCAUUCCAAAAAAUACUCUUAGAGAAAUUUCGUUAUUGAAACAGUUGGAUACUUACGAACAUCCAAAUAUUGUACGAUUAUUUGAUAUUUGCCAUGGUCAACAAAAGGAAAAGGAAUUGAUCAUGUUUUUAGUAUUUGAACAUGUUGAGCAGGAUCUAGCUGCUUACAUGGAUAAGGCUAUUACUAGGGGAGGAAUUCCGACAAUAACAAUUAGAAAUAUGUCAAGGGAAAUUCUGAAUGGUGUUGAUUUCCUACACACAAAUAGGAUUGUUCAUAGGGAUCUUAAACCACAGAAUCUUUUGGUUACUAGUGAUGGUCACAUCAAACUUGCAGAUUUUGGAUUAGCAAAGACAUAUGACUUCGAAAUGCAACUUACUUCGGUGGUGGUUACGUUGUGGUAUCGUGCACCUGAAGUUUUAUUAGGACUCACAUAUGCAACUCCUGUGGAUAUAUGGUCGGUGGGUUGUAUAAUAGCUGAAUUAUACAAAUUGAGUCCGUUGUUUUGUGGAACUUCUGAAGGAGAUCAGUUAAAUAAAAUUUUCAAAAUAUUAGGAAAACCCUCUAGGGACGAAUGGCCCAAGGAAAAUGUUUGUGUGAAGUAUGAUUCUUUUGAGAUAGUUGACCCAAUUGGAAUAUCUCAGUUGAUACCUAAUUUAUGCACCAAUGCUGAAGACUUAGUAAGAAGUAUGCUCAGAUUCGAUCCAACUACAAGAAUCAGAGCCCUAGAUGCACUUAGUCACCCUUAUUUUACUGAGGAACCUAUGAAUACUUAAUUAAUUUUUUUCCUUGAAUAUUCAUUUCAAAAGACUGCACUUCAUUUAAAAUAUCACACAUUCCCUAAGAAAUGUUGUGAAUUGCAAGCCACAUGCAACAUUGCUGAUUAAUUUUAUCCCUAUAAUAUUAAAUAUUGAAUUUUUGAGAUAGUAAUCGACAAUAAUGUAUUGUAAAUGAUAGUUUCCUCCCCGAAUAAUUUACCCAUGAAACAUUUGUUACAUUAGGUUUUCAUAUUUAUGUGUUAGGUUAUUAACUAUUUAAUGUUAUUUAUAGUGAGUUUUGUUGUUUAAGUAAUAGGGUUUAUCAUUUUAUUCAGAUAAAUCAAGUGUAAGAAUUUUGACCCCCUUAUUGUUCAUGAUUGUGUUCAGUAUUGAACAUGUAAAUUCCUCUAUAAUUAAGGUAUAAUGUUUUAGUCUUAGGAUUUGUUCUUUUUCUCUUUGUUUCUCAAGAGUAAAUCUCGAUAUUCGGAAAGUUUUCUACUUGAAGUAAAGCUGAUAGUCAUGUGAUAGACAUAUAUUUCCAGUCUUUCAUUUAUUUCAUAUUAUAAUUUAUAUCUCAAGGUUUUUAUAGAUUAAUUACAAGAUAACAUUGUUAUACACUUAAUAUAAAAAAAUAUAUUUUUA